GAGUGCAAUGGCACGAUCUCGGCUCACCGCAACCUCCGCCUCCUGGGUUCAGGCAAUUCUCCUGCCUCAGCCUCCUGAGUAGCUGGGAUUACAGGCACGUGCCACCAUGCCCAGCUAAUUUUUUGUAUUUUUAGUAGAGACGGGGUUUCACCAUGUUGACUAGGAUGGUCUGGAUCUCUUGACCUCGUGAUCCACCUGCCUCGGCCUCCCAAAGUGCUAGGAUCACAGGCUUGAGCCACUGCGCCUGGCCUUCCCUGGCUUCUUUAUAGAAUCCAGCAAGGCUGGAUGGAGUGGGGAAGUAGGGAGGAUGCCUGUGGCCAAAUGCCUUGGAGAGACUUGACUGCUACAGUCGUGUUGGUACCUCACUGCAAUCCUCAUCCCCGCCCAGCAUCAGACGGCGCUCUUGCGCUGUCUCCAGGCCGACGACGCUCUGAGUGGCGACGCUCUAGUCGCCAUUUGUCUAUGGCAGGCCAGUGGCUGUGUUAGCUGCUGGAGUUGCCGCUCUCUCUACGGCCCUGGGUGAAGCCCCACCUCUGCACAGCACCGGCGGUGCGGGUCAUGGCGCGGCUACCGAAGCUGGCAGUCUUUGAUUUGGAUUACACUCUAUGGCCUUUCUGGGUCGACACGCACGUAGACCCCCCGUUUCACAAGAGCAGUAAUGGAACUGUACGAGAUAGGCGGGGCCAAGACGUCCGACUGUACCCAGAAGUGCCUGAGGUCCUAAAACGAUUGCAGAGCCUUGGGGUGCCCAGUGCAGCUGCUUCACGGACAGGUGAGAUAGAAGGGGCCAACCAGCUACUGGAGCUCUUUGACCUCAUCAGGUGUUACCUGCAUUCACAUCCAGAAUGGAAUGAAUCUUCAAACUCUAAGUCAAGGGUUAGAGACAUUUGCAAAGGCCCAAACUGGGCCUUGAGGAUGAGCCUCAUUUUAGGCCUAAACUGAAAGGAAAUCAAGAAGGCAUUUUCAGGUGCAUUUGUAAUUUAUUAAAGUUCAUCUGUGUGUGAUAGAAGAGAUUUU